UGGAUCCCAGCCAGUGCUCGGAGCCGAUGGGUGGAACAAACCGGGCAUAAAAAGACCAAUAUGACUAACGGAUCCUGGAUGCGUGGUACCCUUGUCUGGAUCUACAGGAAUGUAGGCUCUAGCAGUUCUGCAGCUCUACCAGCCUUUUGCCUGACACUGGAACUGCUGCUCACAAAGUAGAAUCCCGCUGCUCUGUGGUAGGAAGGAUAGAGAAAGAACAUGGCCUGCAUUUUGAAGAGGAAGUCUGUUGUUGCUGUGAGUUUCAUUGCAGCAUUCCUCUGUCUGAUCAUCGUUCGUCUCACAAACGAAGUGACUUUCCCUUUGAUCCUAAACUGCUUUGGACAAACCAGCGUCAAAUGGAUACCACUAUCCAAUGGCCAAAGGCAGCCUCUGAGAACUCAUUAUGGAUAUAUAAAUGUGAAAACACAAGAGCCUCUGCAACUUGACUGUGACCUCUGUGCCGUUGUUUCAAACUCGGGACAGAUGGCUGGCCAGAAGGUGGGAUCUGAGAUAGACAAGUCCUCCUGCAUAUGGCGGAUGAACAAUGCUCCCACAAAGGGCUACGAGGAAGAUGUUGGGAAGAGAACAACCGUAAGAGUGGUCUCUCACACAAGCGUGCCUCUCCUUCUCAAGAAUCCCGAGUACUUUUUCAAAGAAACCAACAACACUGUUUACGUGAUCUGGGGACCUUUUCGAAACAUGAGGAAGGAUGGAAAUGGCAUUGUGUACAACAUGCUGAAGAAAACUGUUGACAGCUACCCAGCUGCCAAAAUCUAUGUGACAACGGAAAAGCGCAUGAGCUACUGUGAUGCGGUAUUUAAGAUGGAGACAGGAAAAGACCGAGUCCAGUCAGGUUCAUAUCUCAGUACGGGUUGGUUUACCUUAAUUUUGGCUAUGGAUGCCUGCUAUGGAAUUCACGUCUAUGGGAUGAUAAAUGACACCUACUGCAAGUCAGAAGGCUUUCGUAAAGUUCCCUACCACUACUACGAGCCAGGAAGAGAUGAGUGUGAGGAAUACUUUCUGCAUGAAAAUGCUCCAUAUGGAGGCCAUAGGUUUAUCACAGAAAAGAAAGUAUUUGCUAAGUGGGCCAAGAAGCAUACGAUAAUAUUUACACACCCCAACUGGACAGUGUCUUGAUGCUGGUUUUCUUAACUCUCCCUUAACAGCUUAUUACAAAAAUGUCUCAGUUUACAAUAAUUUUGCUUAUAUCUGGCUGGCCUUUCUCAAACCUAGGUAAUACUAAACUAAAAACCAGAAGACAAGGAGAGUGAUGGUUCAGCUGCUAAGCAAAAUUAAUCAUCUGUGGAAGACAGACACAUUUCUUGUUAUUUCUUAGGGUUUUACUCCACACAAUGCACUUUAUACUUUAACUGGAUUUUACUUCACGGCAGUAGCAGUUAAAGCAGAUGAGAUUUCCUGUGUAGACAGGUACACACAGAGAACAUGGUGGUCCUUCAAAACUUGUCUGUCAUAUUAGUUACUUAAAAAUAGUAUUUGAAGCUCAUUUUCAGUACUGCAGCACUAGUUCCAUUUGUGGUAUCACUAGAACUUUUUCGCAAAAGAAAUAUGAGAGUCCAGGGUCUCUGCGUGAGUAAAUUUUACUGAACACCUGAAUGCAUUGAUAUAUGUGAGAACUCACACAUAUGGUACAAUUAGAGAUGAGCUAAACGUGGUUCUUGAACAGUACACACCUCUCAUACGAGAAGAUAUUAUUUAUUCAAGGCUCCUGAUUAACUCAUAACUUCUAAAAUGCAGCUUCCUCCCACCUGGGUCAGGCUACACCAUCUUGGAUGACGUAGUUUGAAGCUGUUGUCCCACCGAUGAGCUCCAGAAGCAUGAGAAGUAGCGAGCACUGUGUUUUGCAACCCAUGUGGAAGCUUUGGCUGUUGUACCAAGCCUGCAGACUGUACCCAAGCUGCUUAGUGUAAAAUUGUCUCACAAUCAUCUCCCUUUACUCCAGUUGUGCCUUUGAGUUGCUCCAACAUACAAAUACCAGUAUUUUGACAGUAUUUCCCAUGCAACCAUCAUAAUUUAUUUUAAGUCUCCAGUUUCUCCAUCUUUAAAAACGGUGACAGUGUCUCUCUACUUCACAAGGGAGUUCUGAGGAUUAAUUUAAGCCCAUAAAGCACUUUCCUGAUGAAGAGUGCUACAAAGCAUUUAUUCUUAACAUAAAAACAAUGGUACCUGUCAUUUAUUCUUGUCUGUUGGGUAUUUGAAGAAAAUGACAGCGAGUCUGGAUCUGAAGGCAAAUUGCUCUGCGUAUCUGCUUUCCUACUGAGGAUAAUUUGUAAUACUGAGUUCUCUCAGCUUGCAUUGCUUCAGACGGAGUUGAAAGAACCACCACCUCACAGUAUUAUCUGAACAUCAAGAGGCAGUUCAAGAAUUUUUAAAGGUACUCAUCUCUAGUUGAAAUACGUAUUUCCAAGCUUACUCUCAUGGAAAGUUUUCAACUGCAGGAGACUCAUUUGUAAAAUGACCAUAAUUCAACUACAGAUGUGAGUUUUAUUUAAACUGUAUUUAAAUCAACGCUUUAAGUUUAGACUGUGUCCUAUGAAUAUUUUAACAUCUGGAAUGUCAGAUUCAACACUGUAAUAGCCAAUACUGUGAACACUUGAAAGAAUUAUGUGUGGAACAUGACACACUGGGUUUACUCACAUUACUUAAACAUUAACCAACAAGAAACUUUGUAUGCUUUUGUAAAUCAUGAAAAGGAGAAAGUAAAAACCUAUUUUUACAUGUAAGUAUUUGUAUACUGACUAUUUCCUAUUGUAUAUUUGUAUAUAUAAAUCUAUAUUUUAUAUGUUCAUGGCAUAUAUAUACUCUCAGCAGCAGUUGCAGCUCUUAGGUUGGGGAGGAAAUCUCUUCACCAGUGUUCCUCCUCCUGAUCAUUGGUUUCUUAUUCCUGUUGGUAGGUAAUGCCAGGUAUCAUCUCUCUUGCCCCUUCUAUUGACUACUGUAAAUGCAGCUUUCUCGUUUUAUUUUUAAUAUAGCUCAGCUUUCACUGCUUACUUUAGUGCUCUAAGUAUUCAUGCUGGUUGUCAGACAAAGGCUGGGGCCGCAUUUAUGAUCCUGGGUAAAUAUCUAUAUUCAAAUACAGGCUGUUUCCUAGACUUCUUGCGUGACUUCAUGGCUCACCUUCUUGUUUGGAAAAGGAGAACAAUAAUAUUUUCCAAUUCCUUGUCAUGACUGACUUUUUUGUAAGCUCUUGAGACAGAUAUUCUCAUCUGCAAUGUAUUUGCAUAGUGCCUUGCAGAAGAGAGGUCCAAAGUGUCUGAAGGCUACAGGUGAUGCUAUAAUAUACAAAUAAUUUAAAGUGGCUGCUUCUUGUCCCUGGUGUUUAAAAUCAAAUGUAGACUAAAAUAGCAUGGGAUGAAAUCAAGAGGGGAAGGGUCAUGGAUGGAUGAAGAGUUGUAGUCCCCAAAAGGCAUUGAGCUGGAUUUAUUGCCAUAUUCAUAUGCAUCUUUUCACUUCAGAUGGAUGGCUAGAUAGAUGGAAAGCUAAUAAAAAAACUAUAAAGUGGGAUUUGAUGAAUGCAGGACACACGGAGCUGGGGAGAAUGUUCUAUGCAUACUGUACAGGGCAGCCUGGGUAAACCUAUAGCUCCCUUUGGGGAAGAGGAGCUAAAAAUGAGAACAUAAGUCAAACUGAACAUUAAUUUAGAAGUUCUUUGGGUUAAUAGAAAGUUACUGUGAAAGUGCUGCAUGUGGAAGUGGAGUUGGGCUGGACAGACUUACAUGAGAAUUGACUUCAUGAAGCAUCGUCUUUCUCCCCUGUGAGCACAGCAUAAGGAUUGUGCCUGAGUUGUGUUCACAUGCAAGGGAGAUUUUAAGCCUAACAAAGUAUUUAAGUUAAUGAAGACUUGCCAAAUCAUCGUAAAUCAGUUGUAAAAUAGUGCUUCGUACUUGAAGCUCCUUGUAGAAUGCUUGUAUGCUGUAUGAAACAAUAUCUCAUGCAAAGACUAGCUAAGAAAAAUACAGCCCUAAGAACAGCUAAAUGCACAGCAAAAUUGAGAACAUCAUUAGAGUGCCGUUAUCACAAGGCAACGUAAACGUGUUGCUCUCUGCAGUAAGAGCAGAUCCACUUUUAGAAACAUUGCAGCAGGCUUCAUUCACACUAGAGUAAAAGAACAUCAGCUCCCUUAUUUAAAUGAGCCCGUCUUUAGCAUAAGCUAAACACACAUUUGCAUGAUUUUUAUUAUAUGAGUAAGGAACUGUGACCACUGCGUUAAAGAUGAUUCUACAAAGAAAUGACUUUGUCAGAAUCUGUUAAAAAUCAGCACUGUGGUACUGAAGAAAGAAUCUCAGAACCUGGCUGUCUAGUAAGAGGUCUUGAUGAUUCACCUUCUGAAAGCUGUUAAGACAUCAGCCGAGAAUCAUUUAUUAAUACUUUAAAAUAAAGCCCACUACAGUUUACCUGAAUGUAAUCAGGUCCUAAUUGCUUAUUCAUUCAAGCAGUCCUAUUUUAAUCAACUACUCAUGUGUAUAAAACAAGCAGGGAGUUUACCUGAGGCUUUCCAAAUAGAUCUCAACAAUGCUGCUAAUAGAGGAAGACUCACAAAUAAUUUGGCAAUUUGGUAUUUUUUUGCUAUCAGUCAGCUAAGCAGUCGUCAAAUAUUUUCGUUUAUAAUUUAGUUAGAUUUUUAAAAUACACUUUUUGAAGGAGAAAAAAAAAGGCAUUUAUUUUUUAGCUAGCUGUAGGCUUUGUUUUAAUAAACAUUUAAAUUUAAUGUAUUUUAUGUUUUAUGUUGCAUGACCUUCUGAUUUAAUUAUUUUUCGAGGAAAAAAAGUUUUAAACAGGAGCAGAAAUUUUCCUAACUGGCUAAUUACUUG